GGCCCCAGGGGGCUCCAGGGGCGGUGCGUGGGGCCGGGCCGGGGCGGUGCUGCCCCGCCGGGGCCAGGAGCAGGGGAGCCCAGGGCAGCUUCAGCCAUGGCAGAGGGGUCGGAGAAGGUGCCCAUCGCCCGAGCGGGGCCCGAGGACGUGGAGCAGUGCCUGCCGCCCGCGUACACGGCAGCAGUGCCCCCUCCAGGGCCAGGGCGGCUGCUGAAGGCAGGGGCUGCGGUGCUCAUCGCUGGGGCCCUCCUGCUCCUGGCCGGGGCCAUCGGCGCCUUCUACUUCUGGAAAGCCACCGAGCGGCAGGUGUACAAUGUUCACUAUACCAUGAGCAUUAAUGGAAAAGUACAAGAUGGAUCAAUGGAAAUAGAUGCUGGAAACAACUUGGAGACAUUCAAAACAGGAAGCGGGAGUGAGGAGGCUGUUGAAGUCCAUGAUUUUCAGAUUGGCAUAACCGGCAUCCGCUUCGCUGAAGGAGAGAAGUGUUACAUCAAAGCCCAGCCGAAAGCUCACGUCCCUGAGGUGGAUGCUAUGACCAAGGCGAGCCUCUCCUCUGACCUGGAAGAUGAAAUCAUGCCUGUUAGAUUUGACGAAAACUCCCUUAUCUGGGUGGCUGCAGAUGAACCUAUCAAGCAUAACGGCUUCCUAAGCCCCAAGAUUUUAGAGCUGUGUGGGGAUCUUCCAAUUUUCUGGCUUCGACCUACAUAUCCCAAAGAUAAGCAACGGGAAAGGAGAGAAAUGAAGAGAAACAAACGCCAGUCAGAACCAACCUUUAAUACAGAAGACUUGGAAGCUGCUACUGAAGAGGUCAACACCAGGCCACCCACCACCCAGCUGACUCGAGAGCUCAAUCAGCAGUCUAAUGAAACCAGGCCAGUUGGACAAGAAACCGAUGUCGGACAAGAGAGCGACCAAACGCUUAAUCCAGACAACCCGUACAAUCAACUGGAAGGUGAAGGGAUGGCUUUUGACCCCAUGCUGGAUCACCUCGGCGUGUGCUGCAUCGAAUGCAGACGGAGUUACACGCAGUGCCAGAGGAUCUGCGAGCCUCUCCUGGGCUACUACCCGUGGCCCUACAACUACCAAGGCUGUCGUACCGCCUGCCGAAUCAUCAUGCCCUGCAGCUGGUGGGUCGCUCGCAUCAUGGGUGUUGUGUGAGAAAAAGCUUUCAGUUCCUUGUCAAAAUAAGCAGAAACAUUACAACAAUAAACUGAUAAAAGACUAUGACCAAAGGGGCAUCACCAAUCCUGGCUUUUAUAUCAAAGUGUGUGUUAUUGUACCAAAAGUGAGGUCAGUUAUUCAGUGUAAAUAAAAUCUUAAAUUAAUAGUCCAUUAGCUUUGCCAAUGGCAAGCGUAUACUAGCAUUUACUGAAUUCAAAAACUAAGUAUUGUCUGUUUUGGGACACCUAACUUUGCUCACAAACUGGUUUAGCAGUCUAGAAGCUUGCUCAUAAAUCCAAAUUCAGCCUUUCGUAACAAAACCCUCUGAGCUAGAUGUGAAAAUUUAUGUCCAAUUAGGCAACUGGCUAAACUUGUACACUCGGGAGUACCUUUCAUCCAUGUAGCUUAGUUAAAUAAAUCACAAGUUAAGUUGCUCCCUGUUGCUAUUCAUACAGAGCUGCCAGGUCAUUAUGAAUGGUUAUAAACCAAUUACAGCAUACCUUUCCCACAAAGCUGCUCCAGGGGACGCGGGAAAGCGCACAUUGUGUUAGAUCGGAAACAAACGGCAGGAAAAGGGGCCGCGGAACUGAAUGUGCGUGGCCGCAGAAUCAAAACCCCCCGCAUAUCCCGACAUCAAAGCCGCCCUGGCAGCAAGAAUCUUGUAUCCACGAUACCACGGCGGUGUCUAACAACUAUCUGCUCUCCAGCUACUAUAGCGCAAGUAUUUACACGCAGUUGCAGGCCAAAGAGUCUCAAGACCCUUCAGAGCCUACAACAGGCCCUGUAUUUAUAAAUCCUUGAACUAGACACUUCUGACACAAGAUUACAACCCCUUUUAUUCCACUUAGAUAACAGCCAUUCAUGCCAGCUCUGCUGAAGCUAACCUCUGUUCCCCACAAGAGAAACUGCGUACCAGUAAUCAAGAAAGAAAAAAAAGCUUUCUAACUUCACCCUUAUUGCUCAGGCAAACCCUGUAAUUAUUGGAAUUGAUCCUAUUAUAUAUUAAAUCUUUAAGGACGGUACUAAGCUGAAACACUCGUGAAGACGGUACGACUUAGGAUUCCCAGUCUUUGAAAACAGAAAUAGAGGUAUUAUACUGCUUUCAUCUCUAUUACAGGUCUUGAACUCUACCACUGAGUUUACGGAGCCAUCUACAUGGGCUUCACAAACAGAACGGUCCCAUUUUCUUUAUAUUUGCCUUCUGGAGCAUUCAUUUUUUGACUAAACAGCUCUCGAAAUGUUGCAAGCCUAGUAAUGUUAUUAACACUGCAUGACACAGAAAAGAGGAAUUAAUUUGACAUAAUCGUGGCUUAAAGAAAAUAAAGACAACCUCAUGCAGAAUGCUAAACAGCGUAUCUAAAAAGCAAAGUGUUAAAUGAGAAAAGAUGAGAAUAGAAUUCAGUAUUUUGUUCUAUUGUAACUUCUUUUUUUCAUAUAAGCUUCACCUUAAUCUCAAGAAAAGACUUGCUUUGAAAUAUUUAAAUUUUAAAAACUUCUUAGAGUGGGAUUUCAAGGCCUGUUAAAUUUGUUUUUUUGCUUUUUAAAAUGAAAAUGACCUUGAUCAUUAUGUUUUUUAGAAGUACAUCAUUCAGUAUGCUUAGAUUUUUUUUUUUACUGCAAAUUAAACCGAUACAUUAAAAACAGCAAUUGCUUUCUGUGCUCUUUUGAAUGUAGAAAGUGUAGCAGUACCGUCGAGUACACGUUCAAGAACUGUCUGGAGAGAAAAAGCAAGGUGAAAACACUUAAAAAGAGAAGGAAAUGUUUAUACAUAUGUGAACUAGACUGUCACUGUAUUUUGCACAUUAGGCCAUCUUGAGGCAAAUCAUGACUCGUUUCUCCCUGUGCCCCCAGUUUGAAAAGUCUUUUUCUGCAGACAGGGAAAAAAACCACAAUAUUGUAGGUGAUUUUCAUGUCUAUACAGGCUUAACAAAAAUAAUUCUUCCUAAACAGAAGGCUCCUAUCGGUUAUUUUCUUAGGCAGACACAAAGCAAGUAAAAAGGAAGAAAAGCAUCUUUCUCAUGGAUGCUUUAAACACUGGUACAUACGUCUUCAACUCUUCUGUAUGCAAGAACACCAAGAAAGCUCCAGUAGCCACAGGAGAAGCAGACAGACUAGUAACACAGCUUGUGACUGGUAAAAUUGCCAGAACUACAAUACCAAGUACAUAUUACAUAGACUGUGUAUCUUACCCAUUUCCAAACACAAAGAAGUCCUCUCCCCAACUCACGCUUCAAGUAAGCAAACAUAUUUACCUAUGUAGCAUAUUGAAAGAAAAGAAUUAAUGGUCUUGCUACAGCAAGAUUGAAAAAAAAAAGUCUUAUUUAAGCACAGCU